AUGGUAGAGAAAAUAAAAGAGGAUAAGGGGUUAAGGUGAACCAUAACUAUUAUCAGGAACCGAUUAAGUAAUCGGCUCCUGCUAUUAUUCAUCACAAUUUUUCGUGUUUUCUUUUUGGCAAAGUGCGCCUGAGAUUUCAGAGGCGUGCGUGUCGGAUAUCUGUUUUCAAAGUAUUCUUUGCUAGGAUCAGUUUGAAAUGAGCCGUAGACAAACCGUGGUAGGCUCCCAGUUGCAAAAAACUUCUUUGUUUUGACUCUGUAGGGCGUAAAAAACACACACACACACACACACACACACAAGGGGCAUAGUAAGUCUCAGGCAGUGAGCACGCUCAUGAUACUGCUCCAGGAGAGUGCAGUAACAGUUGCCUUUUAACAGAAUAUGGGUAUGAGAACUCCAGAAUAACUGCAGAUACAGUGCCUUCUUUAACAUUGCUAUGAUUUUCUUCUCUAAUGAUAUUUCUUGUAAAAUUUCAGGGAACUUCUCCUGGACAAAAAUGAUAAGCCUCUUAAAGAGGGGACAAUAAUAAAAAACGAACAGUACGCGAUGACGCUGGAAAAAAUUCGAGACAACCCCGAGUCUUUCUAUAAUGGGCCGCUAGCCAAGAGUAUCUCACAAGAUAUAACAGAACUUAUUCCAGAUGAGCCAAAAAAGGGUCAAGUCACUGAAGAAGAUCUGAGGAACUACCAGACAGAGAUCAGGGAGCCCCUAGAAAGUGAACUGGCGGGGAUGAAAAUGCACCUCACUCCUCCCCCUACAAGUGGCGCUGUACUAGGUCUCAUCUUAAAUAUACUGAAAGGUAGGAAGGUGCUCUGUUCUCAUUAUCAUCAUCAUCACAGCCAGCGUGUUAACUCUCAGAGAGCUUGCUUGCAGGCCACCACUACCACCAUCAUCAUCAUCAUCAUUAUCAUAAUCCUCGUCAUCAUCAUCAUUAAUAGGGAGCUUUAGCAUCGACGACGGCAACGGCAGCGAAAACGUCAGUUUUAAAAUGGAUUCCCGUUUUUUCAAUCUUUGUCGCGUUUAUUCCAAUUUGCUGAAAAUGGCGAGUGUAGGCGAAUUUCCCUGGAGUUGAUUUCUUGAGGACCGCACUCAAGUUUAGAGAGAGAAAAAGAGAUUCGUCGUCGCUUGUUUACGUCCUCCAUGAAACUUGCAAAAAGGCAUUUUCACGUCGUAGUUGUGCAGUACGGUAAAGAAAUGUACAAGAAAGCGUGAUGCACGUGCAAACUUGUUGUUUUGCGUAAUAAACCUAUUGCUUUUGUGACGUCACUCAUUGCCGUCGUCGUCGUCGUCGUUGCUGAAGCUCCCUAAUCAUCAACAACAACGGCAUUCAUAAACCUACAGGAUGUCCACUAACUAGAGAUUUCCUUACUUUGACGUAGUUGUACAGCGCAGGAAGGCAACCUGCAACGGAACUUCCAUUUUCCAUUCAUUCAUGAACAUUAAUUUAUCAGCAACGCAAGUUUAAACGAGUUGCAGACAGCGUGUGUAUGCAGCUGCCUCGUGAAACGCCGGUCCCCAAUGGUCCCGAUACUAGCGGUGGGGAGCGAUGUCAGGGGCGGCUAUAUUUGCAGCCUAAGCUGCAGCAACCUUGAAUUUAAACAGCGCUACAAGAAAGAACUAUUGCUGCAAGCCUCCACCAGUCUUUGGGUCUUGCGUAGUUCUUUGGAGGCCCUGUCGCUAUAUAAGCGUUACAAUCUUGAUUUUUUGUGUCAGGAUGAUUUUUAGCGGAAAUGGCCUGCGGUAUCAUUAUAACUUCAUUUACAGUCCUAACACACGUGCACCCAUUGCAUCAUUCUAAUAGUGUUACGUUAAGUUUCGCAUAUUGUGGCGCGGAAACAGUUUUAAUCGUAUGACUAUAAACUGGCUAAUAUAGACCCAAAUCACUAAGAACUUGUGAUUUUGUGACUCCCAUGUAGUCCUUUAUCCUACAACUUUUAAUUGACCCAAUAAAAAGUCAAUAACUAGCAAAUUGUGUAAACUAAGUCAGUUCAUCGCUUCUCAGAUGAUGUUUUACAGCCCAGCAUCUGCUCUCAACAUUAUACUUACCAUUAUACUAUAAACCUCUAGUUUUACACAAAGGAGAAAAGCUUUAUUUUAUAGGUUACAAUAUGACUUCGUCGGCUCGUGAUGGCACCGAUGCCUCGGUGUUGACAUAUCAUCGAAUCAUUGAAGCUUUCAAGUUUGGUUAUGCUUGGCGAAGUCGACUUGGUGAUCCUGAUAUUAAUAUGGAUAAGAAAAUAAACGAGGUAAGUGAAAGAUAAUUUAUUAUUAUUUCCACCCUUGCUCCCCCUUGUUCCCUCUUAAAGGUUUUGUUGUGUUUAUUUGAGCAGGCGGAUUGGUACGCUUGCCGAGAUCUGGGUUUCACCAACUAGGACCGUGCAGCGCCAAAUUUUUUGGGGGGAUCACUUUCUUGGGGAGCUUGGCCACUAAGCUUAGAAUAGUAACCGAGCCUGCCCAUUUAGUUUCCAAUCCUUCCUGAACCGUUUGUAUGCAAUGUUCAGCUGGCCGCAGGGGGUUGUUAAGGGUUAAGCCCUGAGAAUAGUGAUUAGGGUUAAGCACUGAUCAAUACUGAUUAGGGUUAAGCACUGACUCGAUAAACGGUUAGCUUCUAUUUGGGGUUAGGGUUGUUGCCAUAUACCUUUAAAUCAAACCAUCAACCGUCAGCAAAUUCUCAGUUCGCGUAAUGGUAUGGAAGAUGGACUGCAGAUUCAACGGUUCGCGUUCGAGUCCUACGCACGCCCUUCUGAAUCUUUUUCCCUUAAAAAUUGAAGAUACUUAGCCUCUGUACUUUGAAAUUUCAUGUGGGAAAAGGCAAAUGUCUCAGAAUGUCUUGUUAGAGGGAAAUGUCAGUUUAGAGUAUGGAGAUGAGUGCUCCCCAAGAAAGUGAUCCCAAGAAUAAUUUUCGCCCGCGAGGCCGCCGUUCAUACAUGGCUCAUACUUUAUUUACGCACAAAUUUACGUGCGUACGCAUGUUGACAUUACGUGACAGUAGAAAUCCACCUUUGGACUUGCUAACGGGCGUUCUGUCUUUCCAGCCACUGAAGGCAAGGGGAAGCAUUGCGCGUACGAAGUUUUUAGGGAUUAGGGAUAGGGAAUUUCUAUCCGAAAUAUUCUCCGUACUUUUUUCCCAGAUUGCACAAAAGAUGAUAGAUAAACAGCUGGGCGACAAGUUACGUAAGCUGAUACAAGAUGACCAAACACAAGACAACGUGUCUUACUACGCCCGCUUCUAUUCUGAUGCUGAUUAUGGAACCACACACCUGGCUGUUUUGGCCAAAAACGGUGAUGCAGUUUCUGUAACAUCCACUAUAAAUCAUAGGUUAGUUCAGUAAAAUACAAAGGGGCCGGAAGUCAGUUUAUCCUGAACACCGUAUUUAAUCGAGUUAACUUUGAGAAUAGUGAGGUAUAAAAGUUUUUUCAUAUCCUAUAGAUAUAACAGCCAUCACAUGGCUGCCUUGAGGUAAAACAUCGCUGUCCCCGGGGAGGUUCACGGCCAAUUGCGGGCGUGGAGGGAAUACGGAAGAUUACCUUGGAAGGAUCUGGUCCAGCCUGCCAUCGAUUUAGCCUGUAAAGGGUUUCCAAUAAGCACCGCCGUUGCCGAUGCCUUAAGUGAAGAUAUGGUAGAGAAAAUAAAAGAGGAUAAGGUGAACCAUAACUAUUAUCAGGAACCGAUUAAGUAAUCGGCUCCUGCUAUUAUUCAUCACAAUUUUUCGUGUUUUCUUUUUGGCAAAGUGCGCCUGAGAUUUCAGAGGCGUGCGUGUCGGAUAUCUGUUUUCAAAGUAUUCUUUGCUAGGAUCAGUUUGAAAUGAGCCGAACUUGUCAAGCGAGACUACAGUAGAAAGAGAAUUCGAUAUAAUCGUCUUUAUCAGGGGUGUCUUUAUCAAGACUGUCUGCGACGCAGGUUAGGGGGCGGCCAGUGGCGGAUUAGGGUAAAAGAGCCAUUCUAUCCUCGCCCCAUUUGACUCAUCCUAACUAAACUCGCGAAAGGAUGAUGCAUUAGGUGCGUUUUUUACAGCAGAUGGCAACUGGUUCCAGAUGUGCGAGAUCAUGUACGCAUAUGAACCAUGAAGGAAUCUACUAUUAUAUGAAGUUUGUACAACAUUUAGACCAUUGCUUCUAAGAUUAUAUAUAUGGUGUAACUCGGGGUUUGAAUAAAUUGGCUACAUAGCCUGGACCAUUCUCCUUGAAACGUUUAAAAAAUAUCAUUAAGGAUUGUUCUAUGCGUCUAUGUUCCAAGGUAUUCAUAUCUGCCAUCCUAAGAAUUGAUUCAUAAUCGGUACUUUUCCCCAUGUUCAUUAUAGUUCGUAGAAGGAGCCGUUAAGAGAGUUGACUGUAUAAUGCCUUAAAAACAAAGAAAGAAAAGUCAACUCUCCCUUAAAGGGCUCCUCCAUAAAAUGGACACCUCAGUAAAAUUGGCACCUACUACUUUUAAUUGACUAUCUAUGAGACGGACACCUCGCUUUGUGGACUCAUGGAGUUGGUCCCUGCCUUUGAUUACUCCUUUUAAUUGACUCUCUAUUAGACGGAAACCCCGCUGAAACGGACCUCUACCCCCAUAGUCGUUAGUUCCUUGCCUUCCUUCACCCCUUAAAGUUAACUUUUUAUAGGAUGGUCUUAGGUGGACUCAUGGAGCUGGACACAGAGGUGUCCGUCUAAGGGAACUUUGACUGUAUAUUGACAAUAGAGAGAGAAAGCCGUUACGUCACGUUGCCAUGGUAGCAAAAUUUCUGAAUGACAACAAACCGCAAAUAUCACUUAAAAAACCUCGACGAUCUUAUUCAAUUUUAUUCAAUUUGUCAAAUGUUGACGAAAUUUUCUGGGGUUAAAUCCGAAAGGACGUUAUCUAAGUUUAGAAAAAGAUUAAGAACAUUUACACGUUGUGCUCACCUACUUCGUAAAGCGGGUGCGUAAAAGCAGCAAGUCUCAUGUCGCAGCCGUGCAACGACGGCUAAGAAACGUACAAAAAAGGUGUGAUGCACGUGCCGAGUUGUUGUUUUGCUGAUAUAAACCUAUUGCUUUUUCCAGUUCUCUUUGCCGUUCCGACGUCGUUGCUCAAGCUCCCUAUCGUUGUGAUCCAGAAAUUUUGUUACUAUGGUAACGUGACGUCACACUUCUCUCUAUUCCUAUAGGUACUAGUACAUUAGGAGAGUACAGUCAUGAGAAAAAUGUAUUCAAGAACAUGACGUGUAUCUCAACAGAUUUGGAUGCAAGUUUCGAUCCAACCUCACGGGGAUUAUAUACAAUAACCAGAUGGCAGAUUUUGAUGAUCCCAACGACACAGAGAUUGAUGGUGUUUAUCCAUCUGAGGUUAAUUCUCCCUAUCCAGGCAAGCGGCCAUUCUCGUCCAUGUCCGGCGCAAUUUUAACAGACAAUAAGGGUGACGUACAGCUUGUUAUUGGUGCGUCUGGCGGUAAAAGGAUCACCACGGCUGUCUCACUGGUAUGAGAAAAAAAAGAAUAAGUAGAAGUUUUUGAGCAAAAAUAAACAUGUCGCCCUAUGUAAGAUAAUCCAAAACAGUCUUGGAUUAUGGACUCCACGCUGUGGAUUCCGGAUUGGAUUCCAGGUACUGUAUUGCGGAUUCCCUGUCGGGUGGAAUUUGCCUGUAUUCCCUGAGCUGAAUUACAGAUCCCAAUGCCCAGGAUUUCAGAUCCCACGAGCAAAAAUUUCCCGGAUUUUGAAAUCCAGAUUGCCUUAUAUGGGGCGAAACAUGGGGGAAAUUCUCAGUGCCCUUUUUCCCCGCAUUCCUUGAUUUAGUUGAAAACAGGGAAAAAUUGGGGCGGGUUUUAAUAGUAGUCAAGCCUACGUUGUACUCGAACUUGUCAAGCGAGACUACAGUGGGGUGUCUUUAUCAAGACUGUCUGCGACGCAGGUUAGGGGGCGGCCAGUGGCGGAUUAGGGUAAAAGAGCCAUUCCAUCCUCGCCCCAUUCGACUCAUCCCAACUAAACUCGCGAUGUUUAUUUGCAUGGGUAUAAGGCAAAAGAACGAAGUGUGGACUGGGGGUAUAAAGCAGGAAUAUAUGGCGUUUUUUCGCGCCCCCAACAUCACAGAUCUACGGCUAUUAGACAAAAAACCUCACCUCGCUAAGAGAAACCAUGAAAUCAUGUCUCGUUCUAACAACUCUUGUUAAUUCGUAGGCCCCAAACUCUUUCAAGACAAAGAUUUACGGAUUAUUACGUUCAAAUCCUACCUCUUUACUAUUUAUGUUAAGAGGUAAAUUGCUCAGUUCCUCAGGCACAGUUUACUUAUCAUGUAUAGGUGUUGAUGAACAUGCUGUGGUUUGGAAAGGACAUAUCACAGGCAGUGGACGAUCCUCGAAUUCACGAAGAACUUGUACCCAAAAUGGAUGUAGAAGUUGAAAACAACAAAGAUUAUCGUCUUCCUGAGGACAUACAAGAUGGCUUAAGAGCGCUUGGACACAAUGUAACGGUGGCAAGUGACACUGCUUUUGCUGUGGUACAAGCUGUCUAUCGAAAAACUGUGGAAGAAAUUUAUGCAAAGUCUGACCCAAGAAAAUUUGGAGCUCCCGCGGGAGGCUAA